AUGUUGAGCAAGAGGUUGGGAAAGAGAAGGAUAACGUCGAUAACUGAGCAAGAGGCUGAUGACAAUGCUCAGAAAGAGAAUGAAAAAGAAAAAGAAAAUAACGAGGCUGAUAAGCAAGAGAAGGAAGACAGUGAGAGUGAGACUGAGAUUGAUGAGUUGAACCAAUUGAAGGAGAGAAGUAGAGCAGAUGCUAAUAAACUGUGGAAGGAACUUGAAGCUGAAGAGAAAGAUGAUGAAGAAGAGGUUGGAGGGAAACAAGAUGAAGAAGAAGGUGAAGAGAAAGAGUCUGAAACCAGUGAGGAAGAAAAGGAGAACAGUGAGGAUGAUGAGAAAGUUGAAGAAAAAGUGGUGGAAUCUGAGGCUGAAGGGGAAGAUGAUCAAGAAGAGAUUGGAGGGAAAGAGGAUCAAGAAGAAGAAGUUGAAGGAAAAGAGUCUGAAACCAGUGAGGAAGAAAAGGAGAAAAUUGAGAAUGAUGAAGCAGAGAUAGAAAAAGUGGUGGAAUCUGAGGCUGGGGAUCAAGAAGUUGAAGGAAAAGAGGAUCAAGCAGAAAUUAAUAAACCUCGGAUUAAGGUAGAGAUCAAUGAGUUUGGGGUUGAGGAAGAGAUUAAUGAGCCUCAGGUUGAGACGAAUAGAUCCAAUGAAACUCCAACACCACCACGUGGGAAUCGGACAUAG